AUGGCGGAUGAGGACAAGAAGUCGAAUUCUACGAGUGCAAUUGGGACAGCGGAUAUGAUGGGGCCAACUGGGAAAGCAUCUGCAGCAACACCGAAAUUGAGUGAUGAUGACCAUGUUGAGAUGGAGGAGAUAGUAUCCUCAGGGUCCCCAGUGAACCCUGAUGAAGAUAUCAUGCAACUUGCGCGACUCGGUGAUAUCCAGGGGAUAGAGAAGCUGUUUGAUAGUGGGAAGUUUGAUGGUACAUAUGCUGAUGCAGAGGGGAUUACGCCUCUACAUUGGGCUGCUAUCAACAAUCAAUACGCCAUGUGCCAGUUUCUACUCAAGGCUGGCGCAGAUGUCAAUAAGAAAGGAGGGGAAUCAGUUGCUACUCCUGCAAUGUGGGCAGCUCAAAGGUGUCACUAUUAUACAGUCCAUCUUUUACUCGAAAACGGCGCAGAUCCUCUUGUCACAGAUAUCCAGGGCUACAAUAUCCUCCACCUCGCAACAUUCGAAGGGAACAUCUUCCUACUCGUCUUACUCCUGCACCAAAAUAUCUCGGUGGACAUUCCAGACAGCCAUGGACAUACUGCGCUCAUGUGGGCUGCGUACAAGGGGUUCCCGGCAUGCGUGGAUCUAUUCCUGAGAUGGGGAGCAGAUGUUCAUGCUGCGGAUGAGACGGGAUUUACAGCAUUGCAUUGGGCUCUUGUCAAAGGAUCCCAGGGUUGUAUCCAGAGAUUAAUCGAAUAUGGGGCUGAUCGAUUUGCGGAAACUUCGAUGGGAAAGACACCCGCAGUCACAGCGUCAGAAAUGAAAACAGAGAGGAUAUGGCACCGAGCAUUACGAGAAUGCGGGUAUGAUGAGGAUGGAAAGCCAAAGACAAUUGACUUCCCGAUGAGUUCGUGGUUGUUACAGGAUAAGCGGAGCUUUAUGAACAAGUUCUUCUUUUUCUUCCCGUUCUUGAUUAUAUGGGUUAUGAUUAUGAUUUCAAGCCAUAUGGUGGUGUACGCGGGCGUACCUAUGGCGUUGUUUGCUGGUUAUGGUUUGCAAUGGGUUGCACAGGAAGUGAUGGAAUAUGCGCCAUCGGAUAUGAGGCAUAUGCAUAAAACUGUACGUCUUCUGGAACAUGUCUAA